AUGUUUGAUAUCAAACUUCUACGGAACAUAUUCCUUGUCAUUUUAUUCAUAAACAUCUUUUAUUUUGUCAAAGUGUACCGACUAGAGGAGGAAAAACUUAAACAACUAGCUAUAGCUCAUGCUACUUCCAUAGAUUACACUACUGAUGAUCAAAUCGAAUAUGACAAAACCAAGGAUUAUCAUAUGUUGGAGCCAAAACAAAAGAUUUCAUAUCUACUAAAUAAAGUCCAUGAAAACCUGGAUAAUCGAUAUUGGUUAGCUGAUACUUCAGUUGAAAACCCAUCAGUUGUCAUAAAUCCACUUGAAUUUCUACCGCCUCGAGAAUACAAUUAUGUUGAAACGUGGCAAAACAAAUCAGAACUACAUUACGAACCGAGGUUCACUCUUGCUGUUUAUUUGGAUGAAUUGAAGCAUCAAUUAAGAUUGCAUAACCCUACUAAUGAGAAACUGAAAGAUCACUUGAUUCGAAUGCCUUUUGCUUGGUCUGAUUGGGUCGACUUAACCAUGUUGAAUGAGGAAAUUUUAAAGCCUAUUGAUGAACGUAGAACUUGUCAAUCUUUACAACUGCGUGCCAAUAAGAAAACCAAAUACCCUAAAUGGUGUAAGAACUUGGUUGAUUUGGAAGACGAAGAGGUUGAAGAAAUUGGUUUAUCAAGAGAUGAUAUGCCAGGAUUCAUCGUUCGAAGCUCACCCAUGAAUAAAGCCCAUCACAAAGAAGUAAUGUUGCAGGGGAAAGGUCACUUGCUAACGUCUCAAGAGAAUCCGAUUGCAAUGAUAUUCCUUACUAAAGAUGGAACGUAUGAAACACAAUUGAUGGGUCAACGUCAGAGGUUGGUGCGUACUGAUUUAUUUGAAAAAUAUCUACAACGUAGGAAUUUAGAUCCAAUGUCAGCUGACUUGAAAGAAAUUGAAAUGAAUCCACAGAUUGAAUUCAAAUCACUUCUUGAAACAGUACCAGCACGUCCCUUGAAUGAAGACGAUGAUAUCUACAAGAUGAGACAAAUCACUAGACAAAAAGAAUUCAACGCAUCAAGGGAAUUAUAUUUGGAUAAGGACGCUUUCCAUUACAAGCAAGAAGCAAUUGAUGAACAAAUUAGUGAUUACGAAGUCAGAUUAAACAAGAUCAAGGAGUCAGUCACCAAUGAGUUAAGAUACGAUCCAGCUGUAAUUGCACAAAAUAGAUUAAACCGACAUGAGAUAAAUCAUUAUAAUGGGUUAAAGACUGCAAACAAAUAUUCAGUUGAAAAAGAGCCAACGUAUUAUAAACUUGCCACUUUGAGAAAGGAUAAGAGUAAUAGUGACGCCGGGUGGCAUUACGAAUGGAGAUUUUUUAAUGGUGCUCUCAGGUAUAUCAAGGAUGAUACUUGGACUUUGGAACAAUUGGAAGUGAGAGAACAAAUCAUUCUUGAUAGGUUAUUGAGAAACUGGUUUAGAUUUGCUGAAGAAAAAGGGAUCAUUUCAUGGAUUGCCCAUGGUCCUCUUUUGUCUUGGUACUGGGAUGGUUUAAUGUUUCCAUAUGAUAUCGAUAUCGACAUUCAGAUGCCUAGCUCCGAAUUGAAUCGAUUAUCGGCAAAUUACAAUAUGACAUUAGUGAUUGAAGACGUUAGCGAAGGGUAUGGGAAGUACUUGAUUGAUUGUGCAACUUUUCUACACCAUAGAGAUGUUGCGAGAAAAGACAAUCACAUUGAUGCUAGGUUUAUUGAUAUCGAUACUGGUACAUAUAUUGAUAUUACCGGAAUUGGUAUCAACAAUGAGCAGCCACCACCAGAGUACGAUGGUUAUAUCAGAAACAAGCAACGAAAACAGGAAUCAGUUGAAUUGUAUAUGGAUAGGAGAAAGCAUUGGUUGAAUUUUGAGAAGAUUAGUCCCUUGCAUUACUCAAUGAUUGGUGGUGUUCCAGUGUAUGUUCCAAAUGAUAUCAUGUCGAUGCUAAACAAUGAAUAUUCAGCAGGUACUAGAUCGUACUAUUUCGGGGGUUACUACUAUGUUCCUUGCUUGAGAUUAUGGUUGCAAGUAAACAAGAUCAAACCAAUUUUCAAACCGGAGCAAUAUGAAGCAAAGACUAAAGUUCGUGAGCGCGAAAAGCUAACAGAAUUGAUUAAGAAUAUCGAUGAUGAAGGUAAAUUGAGACUUUUGGAAAUGCAUGAAGAUGUUUUGAUUGAGUAUUAUCUCACUCACAAGCUCACUUCAUUGCAUGAAAUUGAAAAGAAAUUUAUGCUUGAUCAUACAUUGCAACAACUGAUGUUUGAUUUACUGGAUAAAGUAGAGUAUCAUCAGUUGACAUCGCGAUUCAAGAUGGGUUCUCCUUUGAGAAAAAGCUUGUUUGAUUUUGAGUAUUUCGAAAGAUUUAAGCAUAUGAAGAAACCAGAGAUUCAAGUUGACAAUGUUGAAGCUGGUGAAGCCAACGUCUAUAUCGAAGGUCCGAUUUUGCAUUCAGCGUCAACACCAGGAGGAGAUGUUACCGUUGACAAUUCUCAAAAUCGAGUCAAUGAUGAGCAAGGUGAGGAAGCUGCAAGUGGGUAUGACAAUGAUGGCGGAGCCGACUUUGAUGACGAUGAUGAUCGAGGAGACUCGAACGACCCCGAUGAUAGAGACGAUUCACAACAGGCAGCAAAUCAGGCAAAUGAGAUAAAGAAAGCAGCUGCAGGAGGUGUUCAAAAUGCACAAGAAAGAGUAGUUGACAAUACACUCGAGGAAGGCAAAGAACUGUUUGAUGAUAGUGACAGAGCUGAAGAUUUGCCAGAGAUGGAUGGAAGAGGAGACUUGUAUGAUUCUGAGUUAUUUGGGGAUGACGUGGGUAUAGACAACAUAAAUAACUAA